CGACGCGCUAACCCCGAGUCAUUCAGUCAUUUCCCGACUUUAGCCGAGCGGUCUGUACUUGCGUAGCCAAACAUCAACGUUGUUGGUGUUUCAGCCGACCUGACACAUCAGGGAAAUAACGCUAGGCUAGGUUUGUUUAUUUUUUCACAAUGACAGAUGACAGGGCGGCUGCCGGGAAGCGCGCUUAGCUGAAACGCCACCAUCAUCAAAUGCAGUCCAAUCCGAAACCCGGCUGGCCCUCAGCUUGUAACUCGGGAAAUAAUCACGGGAACUGGAAUAACAGCAUGGAUGCUCCUCAGUAUCCAGGCUUCCCUCCACACUACUGGUAUCCCCAGUCUCAUUCCACAGGGCACUAUGCAAAUACCUAUCACUCCGGAUCAGAUGUUCAGCCACAGUACAGUCCACAGGUAAUGCCUGGUGGUUAUCCAAAUGGCCAUGGAGUCUACAGUCCAGCACAGAGUCAGUAUUCAACAAGUGGUUUCCACCCAUCCAACCCGUUUUACUGUGCUGACCCUCAGAGACCUGCUCCAGGUUCUUAUCCUAACCAAGGCUGCCCAGCAGAGCAGAGCAGUGGUUCAUCUGGUCAGCCUCACUCUCAACACCAACAUCAGCACUAUCCUGGGCCACACUGCCAAGCGGGUCCUGGAUAUCCUCCCGCACCGUACCCUCACUACAGUGAGAGUGGCCAUGCAAUGCCUCCAAAUCCCCCAUACCCAACUAGCCAGUCCCUUCAUCCCAGCCCACAGGCUGAUGCAUGGGCACACUCGGGUGCAUAUGUGCCCUCACAGCAACAGUGGCAGCCAGGCCAGCAGCCUCCACAAAAUCAUUAUGGAAAUCCUGUCCGUCCAGCACAUCCUCCAGCAUGGCCAGGAACUGGAACUGGUGCUCCUCCACCUUACCAGCCCAAGGACCAACAGCACCAGCGUGCCCCACAGGUGGGACCUAAAUCGAAGCCAGCGCCAUCCCCAAAUCCCCCCAAUGGAAAGCCUGCUGAAAUAAGUUCACCUCCACAAAUGUACAACAAAAAUGGGAGAGGUGAUCCUAAUGCCUCGCAAGCUGAACCCCCACCCUCGGCUCCAGUUCCGACCCAGGCUCCAGCAUCAGCUGCCAGUCAGGCUGGAUCUCAGCCCCUGAGUGAUAAUCCCGGCCUAGCUAAGGUCCAACAGGUUAUGGCCAGAGUACUGCUGCUUCAGGAGGAUGUUGAUGAGUUUGUUGGCAAAAAGACAGACAAGAGUUAUCGUUAUCUGGAGGAACUGCUGACCAAAGAGCUGUUGGAGCUGGACUCUGUUGAGACUCAGGGACAGGAGAAUGUCCGGCAAGCCCGAAAGGAGGCUGUACAGAGAAUCCAGGCCAUUUUGGACCAGCUGGAGAAGAAAGCUUUCUGAACUGGACUGAUUUUGCUCAUGGAUCACUUUGUUUUCAUCUUCCUGAUCGUCCAUGUUGAGGUUCUUGUCUUGUUCUGCUGACCUGUGUUAUCUGUAGGGAUUUUUUUUUUUUCCCCACCACCAUGAUAUUAUAAAAUGCCUGUAAAAAGUGGCAUGGACCAAAGAACAAAGAGCAGUUACUGGCACAUGGAAUCAAACUUUAAAGCCUAUUAAUGCUCGUAUGAAAUAUAUGGUAGUAUUAGACAUGAAGGCUCAUGGUUGCUCGUGUCAGCCUCAGUGAGUGACUUUGUUAGCUGCAAAGUAGGACCGAGUCACUGGAAGGUGAACUUUAGUGCCACAUUGCAGCUCUGUUGUCUCUGACUCAUGAGGCAGAUUCAGAUUAUCAUCACGCUGUCCCUCAGGAACGUGGGUCGGUUUUAUUCUGAUCCGACUGUAUCGACUCUUGCACUUCCUUAGCUGUCUGUUAUUUCAUCCCACAUUCCUUUUUUGCAUGAUCAGGAUAUUGUCCUAUUCACUUAAUAGAGUGAAUACUUUCAGUUGCCCAUAGCCACUUACCUCUCCAUGUCCCCACCUCAGUAGGAGCAGCAAUUUUUCUUUUUCACUCAUGGUUUAAGCCCUGCAUGCACUGUAAUAUCAGAUAGGCUCUUGAUACAAUCGUGACAUCUCAGAGCUCAUACUUGGGCCUCGAGUGUAGCAGAUUAGAGAAAACCCCCUGAAGAUUGCUGUCCCCAUUGUUUCAUCUUUUUUGAUGAAGCCCUAGAAUCAGACCUACAUAUGAAUGCCAUGUGUUUCACUUCACUUACUGAUAAGGACAUGAUUAAGUAUGACUGGACAAGCAGUUCCUUUUCUCCCUCUUUGAACAUUCAUAUGUAUAUAAAAGAAAGCUCUACUUGAACAUUGUCAGUUAUGUUUCUUGUUGAAGGGCGAAGUUGGUCACAACUGGAUUAAAUAUUUGUUUCCAUCCUUUUGAUAACAAGGACUGAAAUCCUUGUUUAUAUCAAACUGAUUUUUGCACCAGUCUGUCUUGUGUAUAGCAUUUUUGUUUUUCACCCCCAGACAUUGAUGUGUUUUAGCAAAAAAAGAGUGCCAAAUUUAAGAGGAUGGUUUUAUAUAAUUAGGGGGAAAAUAUAUAAAAAAAUAUCACAAGGUUUGCAUGGAAAAGAAAAUGAUCUCCUGUGUGUUCAUUUUUCCAAUCCUCUUUAAAUGCAGCACAUUGUGUUUUAGAUGUAAUGCAUGUUUCCAACACAAGAGGGGGAUACCUGCCUGAUAAACGCUGAAAUUAUCACAAGGGGGGAAAAAA